GUUAAAAUUAAAAAGAUGUGCAAACAAAAACAAAAACGUCAAAUUCCGUUAUUAAACGGUUUAAAGAAUUGUUAAACUCAAUAAAUUUUAGUGAAAUAUGCAGUAAAGUGUUCUCUUUAAUUCAUUCUUUAAGUAGAUUUACGAAAAAUGUGGUUAUUAAUUGGAAUUAGUGUAGUUUUAGUUAUUCAACUGAGUUCUUGUGCUGUUUUAACAGUUGAUGAAAGUUUCCUUGAUAAUCCUAAGUAUGAAAAUUACACGGAAUUGACCUCGUUACUCAAAAACCUUGAAUCUCUAUAUCCUAAUUUGGUAAAGUUACAUAGUAUUGGGAAAAGUGUCGAAGAUAGAGACCUGUGGGCAUUAGAAAUAAACAAAAACCCUUCCAACCGUAGUUUGCUUACUCCUAUGUUUAAAUAUGUUGCUAACAUGCAUGGAGACGAGUCUGUAGGUAGACAGUUGUUGAUAUAUUUGGCCCAGUAUUUAUUGUAUAAUUAUGGGAAGGAUCCAAGAUUGACCAGACUUGUUGAUACCACAGAUAUAUUUUUAAUGCCUUCAAUGAAUCCUGAUGGGUUUGAACAUUCUCAAGAAGGACGCUGUGAAUCAAAAAUUAACUAUAUUGGGAGAGAAAAUGUUAGGCGAGUGGAUCUAAACAGGGAUUUUCCUGAUCAGUUUGACCCAGUUGCUAAAACAGGAACAACUUUAUCAGGAAGACAACCUGAAACUGUAGCUCUCAUGACCUGGAUAACGUCUAGACCUUUUGUGUUAUCUGGAAAUCUACAUGGUGGAGCUGUUGUUGCCAGUUAUCCCUAUGAUAAUUCAGCUACAGCAAAUAAAAGACGUUGUUGUAAGGAAAGUAAAUCUCCUGACAAUGAACUUUUUAAAAAAUUAGCCCUCGUUUACGCUGAAAAGCACCCCCUGAUGCGCAGGGGAAAUACUUGUCCUCAUGACCACUUUGCCAGGGGGAUUACCAAUGGUGCUUAUUGGUAUGAAGUUAAUGGGGGAAUGCAAGAUUUUAAUUAUAUACAUUCCAAUUGCUUUGAAGUUACAUUUGAAUUGAGUUGUUGCAAAUUCCCACCUGCAAGCACUUUAGCAACUGAAUGGGAGAGGAAUAAGGAACCGUUGAUUUCAUAUAUUGAGAGUGUCCACUGGGGUGUUAAAGGGGUUGUUACAGAUGAAGAUGGAGAACCAAUCUUGGAUGCUGAUGUUGUUGUUGAGGGGAUUGAUCAUAAUGUCACAACAUCUAAUAGGGGAGAAUAUUGGAGACUUUUGCUGCCUGGGAAGUACCAAAUGAGAGCUACUGCUAAUGGUUUUAGACUGUCUGAUCUUGUGCAUGUUGAGGUUCCAGAAGGCCAAACAGUAGUUCAGAAUUUUAAAUUGAAAAGACUCAAUGGAACUGCAAAAUCAGAUUCAGAUGUUGAUAAUCUUUGGAUUUGGUAAUGUGAUAUAUAAUAACUGUUUAUCCAGUCUUGUUUUCAAACUUUAAAGUUGAAAUUAUGUGAUGUUUAAAGCAAUAAUUGUUACC